AAUUUAGCUAAAGUCCAGGGGUACAUUAUGUAAUUCGUUUCACACAUUACUCAAAAGAAUGCAUAUAUCCACCAUGUUAAACCCAAUUCAGUUGUAACAAACAAACGCCUGCCUACAUCUCUCGCCGUCAGUUAUCACAAUGGAUUGGCAAGGACAAAAGGUAGCAGAGCAACUGAUGCAAAUAAUGCUGGUCGUAUUUGCAAUUGCAGCAUUCGUCACGGGGUAUAUUGCUGGUUCGUUUGAAUUAAUGAUGUACGUUUAUGCCGGUGGAGUUGUGUUGACUAUUUUGACUACCAUUCCUAACUGGCCGUUCUUCAACCGCCAUCCGCUCAAAUGGUUGGAUCCAAGUGAGGUUGAAAAGCAUCCGAAACCACAGGUUACAACUUCAGUUUCAAAGAAGAAACCUGCCAAGAAGUAGGUUGGUGGGUUGCUUAUAUUAGAACUGGUGUUUCUUCGAUUUUUAAAAACGUCUAGCUGGAUAAACCAUAUGUAACCAGGAUUAGAGAUUUAUGGUGGUGAGCAAAGAAAUGUCUUGUGCCAUUAGCUGAUU